AUGCAUCGACUCUUCAAUCCGAAUAUACAAACUAGUGCAAGUGCAUCGUCUACAUCUAAUAUUUAUUAUGCUUAUGGUGGUCAUGUAUUAACUGAAGCUACCAAAUUUUAUGGUGGUUGGACUAAUACUCAAAUAAAUAUUAUCAACACAUUAAUUUCGACAAUUGGAAAUACAGCAUGGUUCAACAUCGAAAAGGCCUACUACUAUCAAGCCACGUCCACAAGUUCCAAAAUAUACACAAAUGGUCCACUCACUCUCGGAGGUGCAUGGACAUUGCCCUACUUUUAUGGAACUUCACUUGAGGGUACGGAUAUACCAGAUGCAUUAUCUUAUUAUGUUACAUAUGGACAACUACCAGAUGAUCCAAACAGUAUAUACUUAUGA